AGUCAGGUGUGGCGAAUCGCGAUUCUGUAAUUCCAUCACAUUGACUUGCCUGCGGUAAACCCGUAGAGGUCGCACUGCGCCUGCGGGUAAAUAAAGUCAAUCUCACCACGACGCGAGGUAGAGUAGCUCCAGUACCUCGGAUUAAGAGAUUAUAGGCAUAUUAAUCGGGAGGAAUGUCUGGCCAGGCGAGGCUGAGGUGGGAUGUAUCUGGCUGCUGGCUGAAGUAACUCUCAGUCACCCACUGACCACAGUGGAAGAAGGAAUGGUGGGUAAGUGUUGCUCCUUCGCACGGAUGCAAUACUUGACUGUAAUCUUCUGUUUGAAAACUGUGAUUUGAAACGAAACCCACUGGUGAAGGAUAUACGAAGGUGGGAAGUGUGGAUGUUCACUGCGGCUUCCAGAUCAACGCUGUUAUUUCACUCUUAAUUAGAGUUUUGAGAGUGGACCAGAACACCCAGGGUGCACUCCCGCAGGUAGGAUGGUGGGUCGCAGCCCCUGCGGACGCCCGCCAUCCCUAUAACAGCCGCAGCCGCAAUGUCCACCUCCCACUCUUCGGGGUCCUCAUGCGGGCGGGUGUCAGGGGUAUGGCCGCACUCGCUGGCCGCAGGAGGCGCCCUAACCCCGAAGAACUUGCUGCGUCUCCACAAACUACCCCUGGCCGCCCACCUGCACACGCCCACCGCCCCGCCGGGGCUGGACCUCUCACGCCCACUGCUGCUAUACACCAACUACACCUCAACUAAGGUGAGGGGCGUGUCGUUGAGGCCUGGUAGGGACGGAGGCCUGACUCCCGUGGGUCCAGCUAUCGUCAUCCCAGAGGCCUACACUGGUUGGUUCGCUAUAGUUACUAGCGAGGGUCACACUGCUCCAUUCUUCUCUACAGUGGAACAAGUUGUCAGCAGUCAGGUGACCUUCUUCCUCACCCGCUACGAUAUUCCAGCCUACACUAACCUCCAUGACGAAAGUGGUCGCACAACGUACCAGAAGACGGUGGUACAAAGCGGCCACGUGCUCAAGCUCCUGGGCAUCUUCGAGGACCUCAACUCCAAGAAGACGAACAGUGGAGGCAGCCGGGCCCGCGAUGCAACCUUCAUCUUCCCUUGCAACAAAUAUGCCCAGUGUCUCAAUUACAAGAACGAGGUUGUGUUCUUGCCUUUCUCUACCACCGGUCGGUUCUAUACGACGGCGCAUAAGGCGAGCAAGAACCCAAGUCAUGUGUACUUGAUGGCUCACAUUCUCAAGAACCACAAGUUACCCAUCACCGUCCGCCUUGUGUGUGGCUACAUGCCUCGUGUCCCGUGUAGCUUUACUGGUGUGCUGAGACUGGAGCAGGCACAGAAAGAGGCAGUGAUCCUGGCCUGCACCAUGACCAACGAGGCUCAAGCUACUCUCUUCGAGAUCGACGUGUCGUCCAACUUUGUCUUGACGCCCGUUAAGGACCCGAUGUUCCCCAAGACGCCCAUCUUCCUGAAGACCGUCUCCUAUUGUGAGGACGAGGCCGACGCCUGGAGAAGGCAGAUCAAGGUAACACAUCACGUGACAGAGAAGAGAUCUAAAUCCCUGAGUCGAAGUGACAAGUUCUUGGAGCAACCUCGGCCUGGGAGCUUCGCCCUUCUGAUCGACCAUGACCGUAAGAAGGUAAGAGGGCGAGACAAGUCAAGGGAGCGACUGGCUGGCCUCCGCAUCAGGGAUACAACACCAGACAAGAGCAAGGAAAACAUAUUUCGCAACACAAGUUUAGAGAGGUUGCCUGAGAGAAUUAAAGUCAGGCUGAGAGACAAGAGUAAAGAUAAACAGCAGGAAAGAAUUAAAGUCAAGCUGCACGGUAUACACGAAGUUAAGCUGGACAGAAGCGCAGACAAACCGCAAGAUAGAUCUGCUAACAAGGUGAACAAGGAGGACCAAGACCAGAGGAAAGUGUCGAAGCAAAACACAUACAUCUUUCAGAACGGACGAAGUACCAAGGUCCAGGAGAAACAGCAGGAGGCGGAUGCAGUGAGCAGACUUGACAAAUCGUUAGAAAGUCUGGACUACUCGAGAGUCGUUGACGACAUUAGCCCAGUACGAGGCGGUGAGGACGAAGAACAACACUACGCAGAGAUCUGUGAGCAUAUCAGCAAGAAGAGUGGCGUCUCGGGCAAGAAAGAUGUCCAUAAAUGCGAGAAAAGAAAAUCUAUAGGGGAUAGAGACAGCUUCGCCCAUGAUCCUCAAUCCAGUGACAAUUUGUGCUUCACUCUCUUGAAAAAAGACAUUGGUGGCUACUACGUGAAGAUCCCAGGCUUCGAAGUCCCUAAGGAUGACUUCGAGCCUGGGACACACAGUGACCAAAACAGGAGUUACGAUUCCCUAUGUUAGACAUUCACUAGUAUUAUUCGUUUAAGUAUUUUAUACCUGUUCCACACGUGUUAUUCACCGUCUCGUCGUACAGUGCAAGAUUUCAACGACAGACCUAGAACGAGACUGCGUCAGUGUACACUGGGUAUCACGCUAAGUUUUAUCUGACAGUGAAACUGAUACGCUGAGUGAAGCACUUGUGCUGGCAAGUAAAUUUGUUAACUUGUUCAUGGUACCAUAAAAUAAAGCUAUAAUACGGCUGUGUUUUGAGUAGGGGCAUAUACAUAAUUGUAAUAUGGGAACAUAUUACAAUUAUCUAUACAAAAAUAUAGCCUAAGCAUGUGUUAGUGUGGUCUGAUAAUAUAGAGGUCGAGUAGACCGAUAGUAUAUAAACAAGUCAUAGACUGCAGGUUAUGGUAUUUGUAAAAACGUUUCAUCCACUAGGAACUAUAUUGAUAAAGUCCCUGGUGAGCGAAAUGUCUUCACAAUAAAAUGCCAUAACCCGCAUUGCGUUUUCUUUAACAGGUAUUACUUAGGGUGGGAGGAAAAUGACUUCUUUUAAGUCUGCUCAAGGGACUUCAGGGAGAAAAAGUCUGCUCAAAGAAACACACUGUAAAUGUCCACACCUGGGAAACUUUGGAACAAGAAAGGAAAACAAAGUUUGAUACAUGCUUUUAUAAGUAAAUUCACAGCCUCUGUGUUGGAAUGCGUCAAGUUGCAAAGGAGGACAAAAUAAACCUCGUGUACUGAUAAACCAGGAUUUCAAAUACGUUGAAUAUAAACCGGGAAGAUAUAUCUGGAAGAUGUCAGUCUGCUAGACGGUAUAAGCUACAUUACCGUUUUCCUGCCUUCUUAAUAAACCUAUUUAUUCUGAUUGGUUAGGUAGAUAACUCUGCCACUUGCAAAUGCACGUUAUCCAUGAGUCAAAGAUAACAGUUGCAGUGCAACUUCCGUUGACACGAGUUCUGAGAACUAAGCUGUGAAAAUAAGGUUUGAUCUCCUUCAGCCAAGUGUUAAACACUUUAUGAUGAGAUCUGUCAGCGUAGCACUCAGCUCGUGUGACAAGCGAUACCACAAAUGACUGAACUUGUGUGACGCUAGAGGGCUUUCCGUGAGUUUAAGACCGCCAGAGACUGGUGUCUGUACCAGGACAAAAAAUGAAAAUACUAGCCUCUUUACUUAAUGUAAAGUAUUACGCCCAUAACACGGAAUCAAUAAUAUUUCAAUUCUAAAUCAGGCAUUAGAUUAAACUCUCAGUAAACAUACUCUAAGAGAUAAGUUCUAGCUGCUUAGGUAUGGAAAGAAUGAAGAACUAAAAAGGGACACUGUAUACAUAAGUCAAGAGGAUUGUCAAAUAGAACGCAAGGAACACUUGAAUGUCUUCGGAAUAAUUAUGUCAACUCUUGGGCCAGUAUAUGGUAUCCGAUCGUGUAAGAAUCGGCCUUAACACUUACAUGUGGUAUUGAGGAUCGGCGUCAAGAGAAGCCGAUCCUAACCUUUAUUGAAGAAUUUAGUGAUAUGUUACUCUCAAUACCACUUCGAGUAUAUUUGAAUGUUUAUAUAAUGUGGAUGUUUAUAUCAUGUGAACGUUUAUAUCAUGUAAAUGUUUUAUAUCUUGUGAAUGUUUAUAUCAUGUGAAUGUUUAUAUCAUGUGAAUGUUUAUAUCAUGUGUGUAUACGAGUGCGUGUGUUCAUACUAUAAAUUGAUAUAUUAGUGUACUCUCGUGGCCAUCUGUAAUUACGAAAUCUAAAACGUAACCACUGUACUAAUGACGCCAUCUGUGGCAGCUAAUUCAUCUACAUAAAAAGUUAUAACAAAAUAUCAACUAUGUCAAUAAACUUAAUA